GGAACAGAGAGAAGAGACGACAGAGACGCUCCUCCUCACAGAGACUCACCCUGAAGAUGCAGUCCUGCAGAUGUUUGCUGUUGUCCUUCCUGCUGAUCAUCACGGUGCUGCACUGCAGCGUUGAAAGCUUCAGAGUCCGACAGCAGCACGUAGGCCGGCCCCUUGUGAGGCCUCUGGCAGCUUUUCGUUUCCGUCCUGGAGGAGUGAAGAGGGAAGGGGAGGAGCUAACGGCAAAGCUGCUCCUACUGGACGACCUGGUGAGGAUGGAGAAUGAUGUCAUGGAGCCAAAGAGGAAGAGGAGUUUCCCCGGCAACAACGCACCUCUGGACCGCCUGUCAGUCAGCUCCAUGGAAACCAAACAGGCAACAAACAAGCAGAGUAAAGUCGCAGAGUUGCCACGGCGACGAGUCAAUCCUCCUCCCAUGGACAGGAUUGGCAUGAGUCGCCUACCGAACAGCAGAGGAUAGGCUCCACCCCCUACCGCUGAAAGCCCGCCCCCUCUGGACAGACUCACCACAGAUGCAUGAAACAGCCAAUCACCGACUGCCAGUCACCUGCUGGGACACGCCCACCAAAUGCCUAUCGCCCGUCAAUCAUCCACCUUCGCUUCAACUGUGCACCCCCCACAGCAAUGAAUGUGCAAUGAUGCAUUCAGGUGCUGCUCCGUGAAUCCGUCACACCUGCAGAAGUGUCAGGACCAAAGAAAAGAUCGAACCAAAGUGAUUUGACUUUAAUCCUUCACGUGGUUUCCUCACGUCCACGGCAGCAGAAAGUCUUAAUACGAAUCUGGAAACAGAAACGAAAAACCUGCAAAACCUUCAUUUACUUUCUAUAAAAGAAAAACUCCUGCACUAAGACAUCGACUGCGUUUCCCUGGAAACUAACAUUCUGCGAUUAACCUGAUUCGGUAAACAUCAUCUGAAUGUUGGUGUCCGUGUAAACAUCGUUACUGAUCAGUUGGAUGAAUCUGGUCCCCAGGUUAUGUUCAAGUGAUCAGAAUAUGUCUCAUCAAAUCUCAAAACUGUUGAGGAUCAUCAGAGACCUGAAUGCAUCACAACCCCCCCCCGAGACUCUGACUGGAGGUGUCCGUCACCUCGAACUGAAAUGUCUGACACGACUUGACUUGAGUUUGUGUGUCGUAGUUUUAUGUUUUCAUUGGUGCAGCAGGUCUGUUACAGCAGGAGGAGCCGAGACGUGUCCACUGCACCACCAGGCUGCAGAUACACCACAGGCUGGGAAUCUCACCCCCCAGACCCGGGGCUCCGUCAGCUCAUGAAACCAGUUUGUUGAAACAUCCACAAUAGAAGCUUCCUCAUUAAAAACACGAAGAGAAAAGCUAAAACAUGAGCGACUGACAGAAUGUUCCUUUAAAACCAACAGACGCCUGCUGGUGCUGUUCCUUCCUGUCAGCAGCUGCAGUAAAAAACUGCAGAUUCAGGUUCUGCAGCUUCAGCACAACAGACGUGUACGAACCAUAAACACGAUUUACAGGCCGAUGACGGUGCGACACACUGGUGCGACACACUGGUGCCACACACUGGUGCGACACACUGGUGCCACACACUGGUGCCACACACUGGUGCCACACACUGGUGCCACACACUGGUGCAGUGGAGAACGUUUCCUCGUCAGAGAACUUUGCUCCUGUUCCGACCUGUUGACUCAUUCUGCUUUGAAAAUGCUUCUUAAUCUACGUGUUCUCGUGCUUAAUAAAGAAUCAAUGAUCA